CGUAAUGCUUGCAUAAUAAUAAUGACGGAUGCCGAUCGCGCGGCGGCUCCUUUGAUCUACGGCGCGUUUGAUCUUGCCGCUGGAGCCGGUCCCGCCGCCCCUGCCGCACAAACGAGCCGCGCGCUCGCCUACUCGGUCGGGCGGCGCGCUGGCCCUUCGCCCUCGCUCUAAAUAGAGGCUUUAUUUUGUAAACAGCGGGAGCGCUACCGUGCGGCGUGCGCGUGGAGCCCGCGCCGGCGCAGUGGUGCUCCUGCGCCCGCCAGUAUGGGGUGUGCUCCGGUUCGCCUGCGCCCGCGCUCCGACCUCCGGGAGCGAUGAAGCGCCUCCGUGGCUCGCUCCGCCGCAACCACUGGAUUGUUUGGACACUUUGUGUGAUACUGUGUGGAGCGUGCGAGAGCUCGGCGCCCCCAGACAGCCUGCGUCUCGUGUGGCUCACCAACACCUCGCUCACCUGCAACGAUGGAUCCCCGGCUGGGUACUACUUCAGACGAGGCACGAAUAGUGAUCACUGGGUGGUGUACCUUGAAGGUGGUGGAUAUUGUUGGGAUACGGCGUCAUGCAACGCUCGUUGGAGGAGACGGCCUGCACUCAUGUCAUCCACGCGCUGGCCAAAAGCUCGUCGCGCUCCCGCCCUCCUCUCAGCUGACGCAGCCGCCAACCCGCUGUGGCAUGCUUCCAACCACGUUCUCUUGCCGUACUGCUCGAGUGAUAUGUGGGCAGGCACUAGAAGUACUCGGCAUCCUAGCGCCGGAUUUGUAUUUGCUGGCCGUCUCAUCGUACGAGCUGUUAUCGCCGACCUGUUCCGUUACGGGCUCACCGGGCGCAUGUUGCUGGUGGGCUCCAGUGCUGGGGGAGCCGGUGUUAUGUUACACGCAGAUGCUGCAAGACGAUCGCUGCGAUCUAAAGGUGUCCGUGUUGCUGCAAUUUCCGAUUCUGGAUGGUUUCUCGACCGUCCAACGAAAACACGACGAGCUCCGGCUGCCACAGUUGCUCGCCUUGGCCACACUCUUUGGCGUGGUAAACCACCAACUUCGUGUGUGCGCGAGCAUGCCACCGAGCCGUGGCUGUGUUACUUUGGAUACCGACUUUAUCCUCACAUUCGAACGCCUCUUUUCAUCUUUCAGUACCUGUUUGAUUCGGCUCAACUGGCUGCAGAGGGUGUUCGCGCUCCUCGCACUAGAUCACAGUGGGACGCUGUCCACCAGACAGGUACAGCCUUGUUAUUAAGUUUAAGUCCAGUGCGUGCUGCAUUCGCACCUGCUUGUCUUGCUCACGGAGCACUCGCUCGUCCCGAGUGGCAAGCUAUUAACGUUUCGGGUAUUACAUUACCGCGAGCAAUAGCAUGCUGGGAGCAGAGGCUCGGCGGCGCCAGAAAGAAAAUGCGUGGUGGCUGUGCACCACGACGACUGAUUGAGAGAUGCACGUGGCCACAGUGUAAUGGAUCGUGUCCACGGUUGCGCGACCCGCGCACUGGUGAAGAGGUGGCAUUAGCGUCACUUCUGCAGAGCUUCGGCUUGGACGUCCGAGGCGCAGCUGCAGCCAUGGGUUUGGAUGCUCGCGCGCUGUCCCGAAUGAGUCGAGCCGAACUGCUUCCUCUGUUGGCACCUCAUAUGUGAUGCAGUUUAUUAUAUUAAUACUAUGGACUUUUAACGUGCUAUCUAGCACGGUGAAUCUACCUCGUUUUUGUUGCACAAGUACAAGUUAUAUUACGUAUAGAUAUUAGAUAUUAUUUAUUGUUCUUUGAACUGAAUGUAAUAGAAAUAAAGGGUUGGAACUCUUA